AUGGAGGAGGUCUACGUCUUCGGCGACCAAACAGCCGACUGCCGGGCGUUCUUCACCAAGGUCUUCUCCCGGAAAGACGAUGUGAUCCUACAGAGCUUUCUGGAGAGGGCCGGUGAAGCCGUUCGAGUAGAGAACCGAGCCCGAUCCCAUCCUUCAAAAGCAGUUCCUAAUUUCUCUACCGUUCAAGAAUUAGUCGAUCGUUACUACAGAGGCGAGGCUAAGGACGCCGCCAUUGAGAGCGCCCUCGUGUGUAUUUCACAGUUCACUCAUUUCUUCGGUGCUUUCGAGGAGAGAACACCUUCAUAUAUCCCUCAUAAUGUCGACGCGCGGUUGGUCGGUCUAUGCACCGGCUUAAUUGCUGCUGCCGCGGUCGCCUCUUCCGAUUCUCUCACGGCUCUCCUUCCCCUCGCAGUUGAAGCUGUGCGCAUUGCAUUCCGAGCUGGUGCUCAGGUGGGCAAGGUGGCAGACCAGAUUGAAUGUGAUUCCAAGCCCCAGUCGUGGUCGACCAUUGUGGCUGCGGAUGAGAAGUCAGCACAAGCUGCUCUGGACGCGUUUCACAAAGAGAAGGGCACAUCCCCGACAAACAAGCUCUGGAUCAGUGCCUCAUCCGCAACCUCAGUCACGAUCAGCGGCCCACCGUCAACAAAGGCCUCGUUGUUUGAAGACUCGGAAUUCUUCCGUACCCAUAAAAACGCGCCUGUGUCCAUUUACGCCCCAUACCACGCGUCUCACCUGCACUCACAAGCCGACAUCGAGAAGAUUCUGCGGCCACAGACUAAGACCAUCUUCAGCAACGCGGCGGUCCGAUAUCCUGUGUGCUCCAGUGUCACUGGCAAGCCCAUUCCCGCACAAAACGGCUACGAGCUCCUCCAGGGUGCCCUGAAGGAAAUCGUUAUUGACCCGCUCAGAUGGGACAAAGUCUUGAAAUACUGUGCCUCUGGCAAGGCCGAAGAAGCCAAGGUCUUCGCCGUUGGUCCUACCAACCUUGCCAGCAGUGUUGUUUCCGCGCUCAAGGCGAAUACGCCAAAAGUUACGCUCGAAGAUCAGUCACACUGGUCCACAGUAGCCCCAGCUGGAACGAAGCACUCAAAGAAGGAGGCCGACAUUGCCAUUGUCGGAUAUGCUGGACGAUUCCCUGAUGCAGCUGAUGCGGAGCUCUUCUGGCAACUUCUUGAGAAGGGUCUCGAUGUGCACAGACCAGUUCCUCCUGACAGGUUCCCUGUUGACUCUCACACGGACCCUACCUCCAAGAAGAAGAAUACUUCCCACACGCCGUUCGGAAACUUCAUCGAGAAGCCCGGUCUAUUUGAUGCCAGAUUUUUCAACAUGUCACCCCGAGAAGCCGCUCAAACUGAUCCUAUGCAGAGGUUGAUGCUGGCAACCGGUUACGAGGCUAUGGAAAUGGCUGGUAUUGUCCCUGGACGCACUCCGUCAACCAAGCACGACAGAAUUGGUACUUUCUACGGCCAGACCUCCGACGACUGGCGUGAGGUCAACGCCGCUCAGGACAUUGACACGUACUUCAUCUCCGGUGGUGUGCGUGCUUUCGGUCCUGGCCGUAUCAACUAUUUCUUCAAAUUCUCCGGACCCAGUUUUUCCGUCGAUACGGCCUGCUCUUCCAGCUUCGCUGCGAUGAACGUCGCCAUCACCUCGCUGCGGGCGAAUGAGUGCGACACCGCGUUCACUGGCGGAGCCAACGUGCUUACCAACUCCGACAUUUUCUCUGGUCUCAGCAGAGGCCACUUCUUGUCGCGGACCGGAUCAUGCAAGACAUGGGAUAACGACGCUGAUGGCUACUGCCGAGGUGACGGUGUGUGCACAGUCAUCUUGAAGAGAAUGGAGGACGCGGUCGCUGAUCGCGACCCUAUUCUGGGCGUCAUCCGGGGAAUCGGCACCAACCACUCUGCCGAGGCCGUCUCAAUCACCCAUCCUUGCGCAGAGAACCAGGCCUUCCUGUUCGACAAGGUGCUCAAGGAGUGCAAUGUGCCUUGCAACGAUGUCAACUAUGUCGAAAUGCACGGUACAGGCACCCAAGCAGGUGACGGUAUUGAAAUGGAGUCUGUAUCCUCCGUCUUCGCACCCAGGCAGAACCGUAGGAGACCGGAUCAGCCUCUCUACGUUGGUGCGGUGAAAUCCAACAUCGGUCACGGUGAAGCUGUCUCCGGCGUGUCUGCCCUCAUCAAGGUCAUCUUGAUGCUGCAGAAGAGCAAGAUUCCUCCUCAUACCGGUAUCAAGAAGCAAAUGAACAAGAACUUUGCACCGGACUUGAAGGAGCGCAAUGUCAACAUUGCUUUCCAGACGACUCCUUUCAAUCGCCCCGCUGGAGGAAAGCGAACCGUGUUCAUCAACAACUUUAGUGCAGCUGGUGGUAACACGGCGAUGCUGCUUCAGGACGGUCCUGAGGUUCCUGCUGAGCCAACAGCGGAUCCUCGUUCGACUCAGGUGGUAACAGUUUCGGCCAAGUCGCUGGCUGCGUUCAAGAAGACUGUCGCCAAAUACGAGGAGUAUCUGGCCAAGAACCCCAACGUUGGCCUUACCGAUCUCGCCUACACCGUCACGGCGCGUCGCGCUCACUACAACUACCGUGCGGCUUUCCCUGUCCAGUCCAUCGCCCAGCUGCAGGCGGCACUGAAAGCUACCCAAGAUCAAACCCACAACCCCAUUCCUCUUGCUGCACCUCAGAUCGCCAUGGCCUUCACUGGUCAAGGUUCCCAGUACACCGGCAUGGGCCAGAAGUUGUUUGAGACCUCUAAGCAAUUCCGUGGAGACAUCGAAGAGUUCAACCAGAUUGCUCUCCGCCAAGGUCUGCCAUCCAUCAUGCCUCUCAUUGACGGAUCGACUGAGGUUCAGCAUCUCCCACCCACCGUGGUUCAGCUCGGAAUGUGCUGCAUCCAAAUGGCCCUGACUCGUCUCUGGGCGACCUGGGGCGUCACUCCUAGCGUUGUGAUCGGUCACUCCUUGGGCGAAUACGCCGCUCUCCAAGCCGCUGGCGUUCUCUCCGUCGCUGACACCAUCUAUUUGGUCGGAAAGCGAGCUCAACUCUUGGAGCAGAAAUGUACCGCCGGCACCCACGCCAUGUUGGCUGUCCGGUCCCCAGUCGGAGGUCUGCAGGAUGUCGUCGCCAACAGCCAAGGCAAGAUUGAGAUUGCUUGCAUUAACGGUGUCUCCGAUACUGUGCUGUCUGGCACCAUGGGCGACAUUGAUGCUGUUGCGCAAAAAUUGGCGGAUGCGGGCCAGAAAUGCACCAAGCUUAAGUUGCCAUUUGCAUUCCACUCGUCUCAAGUCGACCCCAUUCUAGCGGAUUUUGAGAAGCUGGCAUCGUCGGUCAAAUACCAUGCUCCCCGCGUGCCUGUCAUCUCCCCUCUUCUCAGCGACAUCGUCAACGUUGGCGGUGUCUUCGAUGCCUUCUACCUCAGCAGACACUGCCGCAAGACUGUGGACUUUGUGGGUGGUCUGUCUGCCGGCAUGUCGACGGCCACGAUCAGCGACACUUCCCUCUGGCUCGAGGUCGGUGGUCACCCUCUGUGUGCCAGCAUGAUAAAAUCCUGUUUGUCCGCACCGACUUUGCCUACCAUGCGCCGUGACGAGGAUCCCUGGAAGAUCAUCUCCACGUCCAUGGCCGGCCUAUACACGGCUGGAAAGGCUCUCAACUGGGAUGCCUUCCACAAGGAGAACGAAUCUCUCCGCGUCCUGAACGACAUGCCAUCCUACGGGUUUGACGAAAAGAAUUAUUGGCUCCAGUACACUGGGGAUUGGCUGUUGUACAAGGGAGAUUACCCCAAGAGCAUUGCUCCUGCUGUUGCGGCUCCUGUGGCCGCGGGACCUGCGAAGGCCAGGAAGUAUCUCUCCACCGCCGUGCAGGGGAUCGUCUCCGAGGAAGUCAAGGGCAAGGUAGCCACCAUUAUUGCCGAGUCCGACUUCUCGCACCCCAAGUUGUUCCCCGUCGUGGCGGGCCAUUUGGUUAAUGGCAGUGGCCUUUGCCCUUCCACACUGUAUGCCGAUAUGGCUUACACUUUGUGCAACUACGGUGUCAACCUGAUCAAACCGGGCGAGAAGGUCGACAUCAACAUUGGUACCAUGGACAACCCCGCUCCAUUGCUGCUCAAGAAUAUCAACGAACCCGAGAGUCAGAUCGUCCGCAUGAGCAUGAAGAUUGAUCUUGAUGCCCGCAAGGCUGACUUCACUGUCACCACCAACAACGGCAAGAAGGACGUUGUUCACGCCAAGUGUGUCCUCCGCUUCGAGGACUCUGCCGUCUGGAAGGAUGAGUGGAACAAGGUGUCGUACCUGGUCCAGUCCAGAAUCGACAUGCUCAAGCACAAGAUGGAGAAUGGUGAGGCCGACAAGGUCAGCCGUUCCAUGGCCUACAAACUCUUCGGUGCCUUGGUCGAUUACUCGGAUGUGUUCCAGGGAAUGCAGAGCGUCAUCUUCGACGGUCCCGAGUUCGAGGCGACCAGCAACAUCAAAUUCCGUGCGGGCCCCAAUGAUGGCGACUUCUACUUCAGCCCAUACUUCAUCGACAGCGCAUGCCAUCUGUCUGGCUUCACUGUCAAUGCCACCGUCAACCGCAUGGAAGAGUGCUACAUUUCCCACGGAUGGGGUAGUCUACGCUUCCUCGCACCUCUGGAACACGACAAGCAGUACUUCGCCUAUGUCAAGAUGCAACCUGUCGCCGGUAGCAAGAUGAGGGCUGGUGAUGUCUACGUCUUCAACUCUAGCAAAGAAAUCGUGGGUGUGGCUGGAGCUGUCCGUUUCCAGUGCAUCCCUCGCAAGUUGAUGGAUGUCAUGAUGCCCAAGCCCAAGGCUGGUGCUAAGACUGCUGCCCCAGCCGCUACGUCGGCCAAGGAGACUCGUGCUGUCAAGGCUCCCACACCUGUCGAGUCCGUAGCUCCAUCUCACAUCGAGUUGCCAGCUCCCAAAGUCAAGGCCAAGAAGCCCGCGAAAACGCCCAAGGUAAAGGCCCCUGCUCCCAAGUCUGCGCCUUCCUCUGGCAGCCUCGUCGCUCGUGCUUUCGACAUCAUCGCCAAGGAGAUUGAUGUUGAUCAGUCUGAACUGAACGACGACAUCCAAUGGGCCGAUAUGGGUGUUGACAGUCUGAUGUCCUUGACCAUCUCUGGCAAAUUCCGUGAAGAUCUCGACCUGGAGGUGGACAACACCCUCUUCACUGAUCAUGCCUCGGUUGGUGCUCUUCGCAAGCACCUGAGCGGUAUGUCGGUCCCCGAUGCCGCCACUGGCGGUGACGCCAGCUCUGUUGAAUCGACCGAUUCUGGUUCAGAAAGCGACGACGAGACUGUCGAGUCUGGCAUCACUACCCCUGACACGGAGGACUUCCCAACCAAAACUCCAGGUGAGGCCAAGUCCGCGGCCGUGGAGGCUGUGGCCCAGCCACCCUCUGCCGGAGGUAGCGAUAUGAUCGAGACCAUCAGGCAGGUGAUUGCCCAGGAGAUGGAGAUGGACCUGGCUGAGAUUACCGAAACUACCGAUCUCAGCAACUUGGGCAUGGACUCUCUGAUGGCUCUCACUGUUCUCGGCAAGCUUCGAGAGGAUCACGACAUUGAUCUCGACCCCACGAUUCUGGCCGACAACCCGUCGCUCGGCCAUUUACGCAAGGCUCUCGGUCUCGAGAAGCCCAAGGUCGCUCCACCGACAGCCCAGAAGCAUGAGGUUAGAACCAACGUUGUCGUUGCCCCCGCCGCUCCUCCUGUCGAGGUCGUCGUCCAAAUGCCCCCUGCCACAUCGGUGUUGCUCCAGGGUAACCCCAAGACGGCCACCAAGAACCUCUUCUUGUUCCCCGAUGGAUCGGGCUCGGCCACUUCCUACGUGUCGAUCCCUGCCAUCGACAGCAAGAACUUGGCCGUCUAUGGUCUCAACUGCCCGUUCAUGAAAGACCCUACCAGCUACACUUGCGGCAUCGAAGGUGUUUCCAAACUCUACCUUGAGGAGGUGAUGCGCCGACAGCCCAUGGGUCCCUACAUCCUCGGUGGUUGGUCCGCUGGUGGUGUUGUCGCCUACGAAGUCACCAGACAGCUCAGUGAUCUGCAGAAGAUGCAUCCUGACCGCAACUACACGGUCGAGAAGCUGAUCCUGAUCGAUUCGCCUUGCCCCAUCAGACUAGAGCCCCUUCCCGCUCGUCUGCACCAUUUCUUCGAUGAGAUCGGGCUUCUGGGCACCGGUACUGGCAAGACGCCCAACUGGUUGCUGCCUCAUUUCGAAUACAGCAUCAAGGCUUUGACUGCCUACCGCCCGGAAUUGAAGUCGACUCACGAUUUCAGGGCACCGCCUACAUUGCUCAUCUGGGCGACUGACGGUGUCUGUGGCAAGCCUGGUGACCCGCGACCUCCGCCACAGGCCGACGACCCAAAGAGCAUGAAAUGGCUCUUGGAGAACCGCACCGACUUUGGUCCCAACGGCUGGGACAAACUCUUGGGACUUGAUGUCUGCAAGAUGGUGACGGUGGUCGGCAACCACUUUACGAUGAUGAAGCCUCCAGUGGCCAAGGGCGUUGGUCAAUUCAUCCGCGAGGCUCUUCUAUCCUAG